CGUCUCCUCUAGGCUGUUGCUAUACCCUCAGAUGGCCGCCGACCCCAUUCAUGGCCACCCGCGCUGGGCCUUGGUGCUGGUGGCUGUAUCUGUGGGUUAUUUCCUGGCUGACGGAGCCGACAUGCUGCAGAACCAGACCUUGGGCCAGGCCUGGGAUCUUCUCUGUCACCAUUUGGCGGUAGUGAGCUGCCUCGGCACCGCCAUUCUGUCCGACCACUAUGUGGGCUUCUCUGUGGUGUCUCUGCUCCUCGAGCUGAACUCCGCCUGCCUGCACCUAAGAAAGUUGCUGCUGCUUUCUCGCCAGGCCCCAUCCUUGGCCUUCAGUGUGGCCAGCUGGGCCACCCUGGCCACCCUGGCCCUCUUCCGCCUGGCACCACUGGGGUGGAUGAGCCUGUGGUUGCUCCAGCACCACCACCAGGUGCCUCCUGCUCUGGUUGUCCUUGGUGGCACCGGGCUGGCCACUGUGGGAGCCAUGAGCAUCUCACAGGGUGUUCGCAUUUUGAUCAGUGAUGUCCUGCGGCCUCGGCCUCAUUCAUCCAACCCUGGGCACAGGGAAACUAGGGUCACCAGGACAUGCGAUGGGGAGCCUGCCACCAAGGAUGGUUCCCCUCUCGGCCUGAAAGACUAGGAAGAAGCCUCGGGUUCUUCUUCUGCCAGUCUUGAGGGAGGUCGGACCGGGACAAGGAGAUGAUGGUCUUCAAUGCACAGCCCCCCAUUGGGGUAAGGACUGGACUGGAUUUUCAGUAUCUCAGUUCCUCUUCCAGCAAGUUCAUACCCCUCCCCCACGCCUAGGAUCUGAGAAGCAAUGCUAAUGUUGGUGGGUGGCUGGGAGUCUGGGCUAACGUUCAUUGCAUUUCAUCAUCAGAUAACGUUCGUUGCAUUUCAUCAUCAGGUAAUUAGUCCUCUCCAGAAAACUAAUUCAAGAGGUACAGCCAGUGCUACCAAUGAAGGGUGGCAGGACCCCUGAGACUGAACGUAACUGGCAAGGGGAACAGAAACCCUUUGCUUUAGCACCGGGACAGAUGAGGGAAGGUAAAGUCUCACUAGGAGUAGAGAUCUGGUAUGGAGCGGGGUAAGGCCAGAGGGAAGAGAGAGCUCACCUAUGACCAAAUUCUGGCAGUGGGAGGGGAACACCAUGGGUGCUAUCUGUAGCCAGUAGUUAUGUAGACAUACCAGCUGCUAAGAGACCAAAGACCGGGGUCAUGGAGAUUGCUGCUGAUAUUUCUGGUUCUCAAAACCCCACUGUUGUGUUUGUACUUCACCUGAGUCCUACUG